UUGCUUUCGAUACGUUUCUCAUACUCAUGGUACUCUUCAUGACAAACGUGCUAUGCAUGAUCUAUGAGUGUGUGUAUGAGAAUUAUAACGUACUCAAAACAACACGAAGAACGAACGACUACUCCCCCUUGAUUUUGACAUUUCUAAACGCUGUUGAGGUUGCCGCAGAUUUCAUCAUGGAUGUAGCAACACGGAAGGCUGAAUCGAAGUCGCACAAGAAAUCCAAGAAAGAAAAAAAGGAAAAGAAGCAUAAAAAGUCUAAAAAGAGUAAAAAGCAAAAAAAGAGGAUUAGAGAGUCUUCCUCAUCAUCUUCCUCUUCAUGUUCUGAUGAAAGUGGCAAUGAAUGGGUAGAGAAAGCUCCAGAAAAAGAAAAAGAUGUGAAAGAAGUCUCAACACUCAGUUCCAGCUCAGCCCCUGAAAGAGAUGAAUGGAUGACUGUCCCAUCUUUGUUUGCUUGCGUGACGAGAGAUCAGCUUCGUGCUGCUAAACAGCCCACCGAAAAGCAGAAAGAGCAAGAAGCGGCAAAGUAUAUGCUUGACCGGCCUGGGCAAAGUGGCCGUGAACUGAACCCCUACUGGGCAAAUGGUGGAACAGGCUUGCCUUCUGAGAAGCCUCCUGAGCCAGAAUCGCUAUCAUUGAAUUCUACAACAGUUGGUGAUCAGGGUGUCAAUUGGCUUCGGAGAGCCCUACAGCGAGCCAAGGAACAGGCAGAAGAAUCUGGUCGGUCAUUGGAAGAGAUUGCUGCUGAGCGAUGGGGGUCCCUUGCAAAACUGGAAGAACUUCUCUCUGAGGCUGAGGGCCGCAAAGUUUCCUUGUCCCGAGAUGACAAACGAGGGGGUAAUGAUAGAUUUAGUAGGAGACCUGGAUCUUACAGCAAGGAAAGAAGAGAAGAUCACAGAAGAACAAAUGAAGAAAGGUCUGAUACAAAUAGAGGUCAGUACUCUAGUGGCUCUGAAAGAAGAGACAACGAUAGAGACUAUAGAAGAAAGCCAAACUUUUCCAGGCCAGAUAGUGAAAAUUCUUCAAGCUCCAGACAUAAAUAUAGUGGAGAGGAGUCAGAUGCAAGAAGUGAUGACCGAAGACAGAAAGCACGGUCCUAUGGAGAUGAUGAAUCUUAUGAUAAAUACCGUCAGUCUUCAUCUGAAGGAAGGUCAAGGCUUUCCUUUAAAAAACCGGGUGAAAGUGAUUUAAAAUCUUCCUCAGAUUAUAGGUAUGGUCAGGGCUCAAGUGGAAACAAAAACUGGCGUAAAAAAGAUGCUAAUCCUGUAUCAAAUGUGCCGAAGCCAGAGCGCUCAACAGCCAGAAAGGAAAAAUCAAAAUCUCCUUCACCAGCCCAGAGUUCUAGCUCAGAAUCAGAGCCAGAAAGUGCACCACCUAUUAAAGCACCUGAGGAACCAGAAGUUUUAUCAGAUCAUCAGUUGAAUGAACUUGCUGCCAAAUUGGUGAAAGCUGAAAUCUUAGGUAAUGAUGAUCUCGUUGCUCAGCUGAAAAAGAAGCUGGAGCUAGCGAGACAAGUGCGUGCUGCCAAUCCAAAACUGGUUGCAUCGAGCUCUAGAACUGCGAAGUCUGAGCAAGAGGUUGUAGUCCUUACACGAACUGACUCUAAGGGCUUUGCUCGACCUCUUCAAACAAAAAGUGCCCAUCCCGAACCAGUUGGUGGACGGAGAAAAAAGGAAAAAGCCGAGACACAUGGUGCAGAUGGUCAGAGAGUUCGGUACUUUGCAGAUGAUGAUAAAUAUUCCUUGCAAGAUAUGUUCCAGCAAGAGAAGCUUACCACUGUUGAGGACCAAAAUGAAAUGUUCACAAAAUUGGCCGGGAAAGACAAAAGACAAGAGCAUGAUCUUGAUAUGGAUGAUAUAUUCUCUGAGAGGGCUCGUCAAAAGGAUUCUGAUGGGAAGAUAGAAGCUAGAGAAAGAGGAAGGGCUAUACAAGAACAUAAACGUAAAGAGAAAAUGCUUGAUAGCUGCAAGUGGUGCUUUGAUGGGAAAGAACUUCAGCGUCAUCUGAUUGUAGCUGUUGGUGCCAAGUCGUAUGUCUGUUUGCCUCCUUACCAGUCUUUGACAGAAGGACACUGUCUUAUUAUACCCCUCCACCACAACACCUGUUCUACUAUGCUGGAUGAGGAUGUUUGGGAGGAAAUUCAGGACUUCCGGAAGGCACUAGUAAGAAUGUUUGCCGCAGAUGAUGAAGACUGUGUUCUCUUUGAAAGUGCAAUGUACCUCAACAAAUUUCCUCACAUGGUCUUGCAAUGUGUUCCACUUCCACGAGAAACUGGAGACAUGGCUCCAAUCUAUUUUAAGAAAGCUAUUCUAGAAUGUGAAACUGAAUGGUCUACUAACAAGAAGCUGGUUGAUUUGUCAAAAAAAGAUAUCCGUCACUCUGUUCCAAAGGGACUACCUUAUUUUGCAGUGGAUUUUGGAAAUGAGGGUGGUUUCGCCCAUGUCAUUGAAGAAGAGAAAUAUUUUCCCACUAAUUUUGCCCAAGAAAUCAUUGGAGGCAUGCUUGACUUGGAUCAUAAUUUGUGGAGAAAACCCAGGGUUGAAAACUUUGACAAACAGCGCCGAAAAGUAGUAGAUUUUUCCAAAAAGUGGCGUGAUUUUGACUUUACAAAAAAGACAAAUCAAGCAAAACGAAUGAAGACUGAUAACUCCAGCUCAUCGGAAUCAUCACCUUGAAACAAAUUGUACCUAAAUCUGGAGGCUUUGUAAUUUUAGACAAUUAGAAGUAAAAAGAACUCAAAGAAUAUACUUUCUAACUAAA